UAGUAGUUUUGGAGCUUGUAAAUCUGCAGCAACAGUGACAGUUGUGUACUCACAGCCAUGGCGGUUGCCCCAAAUUCGAAGUAGAGCCAUUUUUUCUGUGCUUUUACUGAUCCUUUGGACCUUUUUUUCUCCAUCAUAUGAUAGGGGAAAUCAAGAAAGGAUAAGAAUUUGUGUUUCAAAAUCAAGAAAUCGAGUGAUGGAGGGAAGUGGAGAAGUGGGUUUUGUGAGAGCAGAUCGUAUAGAUCUGAAGAGUUUAGACGAACAAUUACAGAGGCAUCUGAGCCGAGCAUGGACUAUGGAGAAACAAAAGAGUAACAAAGGAGAAGGAGGAGGAGAAAAUUACAAGGAUAGAGAGAUCCCCAUUAAACAUGCUUGGGAAAUUGACCCAUCUAAACUAAUCAUCAAAACUGUCAUUGCUCGGGGAACCUUCGGUACUGUUCAUCGUGGUAUCUAUGAUGGCCAAGAUGUAGCUGUGAAGCUUCUUGAUUGGGGAGAAGAAGGCCAGAGAUCUCAGGCUGAGGUUUCUUCAGUCAGAACAGCUUUUUCACAAGAAGUUUCCGUUUGGCACAGACUUGAUCAUCCUAAUGUCACAAAAUUUAUAGGAGCUGCAAUGGGCACACAGGAUCUUAACAUACAGACUGAGAAUGGUUUCAUUGGCAUUCCACGAAAUCUUUGUUGUGUAGUGGUUGAAUACCUUCCUGGGGGUACUCUCAAAUCAUUUCUCAUCAAGAACCAUAGGAGGAAAUUGGUCUUCAAAGUUGUGGUCCAACUGGCGCUGGAUCUAGCACGGGGGUUAAGCUAUCUUCAUUCUGAGAAGAUCGUCCAUAGGGAUGUCAAAACAGAGAACAUGCUUCUUGACAGGAAUCGUACUCUAAAAAUAGCUGAUUUUGGUGUUGCUCGUGUUGAAGCUUCAAAUCCUAAUGAUAUGACUGGUGAGACUGGAACCCUAGGUUACAUGGCACCUGAGGUUCUUAAUGGCAACCCCUAUAACCGGAAGUGUGAUGUAUAUAGCUUUGGCAUAUGCCUCUGGGAGAUAUAUUGCUGUGACAUGCCAUAUCCAGAUCUGAGCUUCUCAGAAGUGACAACAGCUGUUGUCCGACAGAAUUUGAGGCCAGAGAUACCUCGUUGUUGCCCUAGUUCUUUGGGAAAUGUAAUGAAGCGGUGUUGGGAUGCUAGCCCUGACAAACGACCAGAAAUGGACGAAGUGGUAACCUUGUUGGAAACAAUUGACACUUCAAAGGGGGGUGGGAUGAUCAAAGAUCAACGAAAGGGAUGCCUAUUCUUCAGGAAACGAGGUCCUUGAGAAGAGAAUCUCCAGAUAGAAAUGGCUCGCAGAUUAGAACUGUGGAUCUGGAUUUAUUGAGGAGAAAAUAAUGAAAAAACAAGGAGCAUAGUUUUAUUAGAAGAUUUAAGAUGUCAAGUUUUUAGGAAUUGGAAGUUAAAGUUGGUUAGGUAAAAGAAGCUCAGAUAUAUACAUGCAUUCAUUCAUCAGCUAAUGCAUGUACAGCUCUGUACCUUUUCAUCUUUGAAAUCAAUUGUCUUUUAAACACAA